AUGGUGAUGGGUACACCACCUUCUUCCUUGAAUGAGAUCAGAAAGGCACAAAGAGCUGAUGGUCCAGCAGGUAUCUUGGCGAUAGGCACAGCCAAUCCUGCCAACCAUGUGAUCCAAGCUGAGUAUCCUGACUACUACUUCCGCAUCACCAACAGUGAACACAUGACUGAUCUUAAAGAGAAGUUCAAACGCAUGUGCGACAAAUCAACGAUAAGGAAACGCCACAUGCACUUGACCGAAGAGUUUCUAAAGGAGAAUCCAAACAUGUGCGCCUACAUGGCUCCAUCUCUCGACGUUAGACAAGACAUAGUGGUUGUCGAAGUCCCAAAGCUAGGCAAAGAAGCUGCAGCAAAGGCCAUCAAAGAAUGGGGUCAACCAAAGUCAAAGAUAACACACGUUGUCUUCUGCACAACCUCAGGAGUCGACAUGCCCGGUGCUGACUACCAGCUCACAAAGCUCCUCGGUCUUCGCCCAUCCGUCAAACGCCUCAUGAUGUACCAGCAAGGUUGCUUCGCGGGCGGCACUGUCCUCCGUCUCGCCAAGGACCUCGCUGAAAACAACCGUGGCGCACGUGUUCUCGUCGUCUGCUCCGAGAUCACAGCCGUCACUUUCCGUGGUCCUUCCGACACACACCUUGACUCCCUCGUCGGACAGGCUUUAUUCAGCGACGGAGCCGCCGCACUCAUUGUCGGUUCGGACCCGGAUAUCAAUGUCGGAGAGAGACCAAUCUUUGAGAUGGUGUCGGCUGCGCAGACCAUUUUACCAGACUCUGACGGUGCCAUAGAUGGACACUUGAGAGAAGUGGGACUCACUUUCCAUCUCCUCAAGGACGUCCCUGGACUCAUCUCUAAGAACAUUGAGAAGAGUUUAGACGAAGCGUUUAAACCGUUAGGGAUAAGUGACUGGAACUCUCUGUUUUGGAUAGCUCACCCUGGUGGUCCAGCGAUACUUGAUGACGUUGAGAAGAAGCUUGGACUCAAGGCGGAGAAGAUGAGAGCCACGCGUCAUGUGUUGAGCGAGUAUGGAAACAUGUCGAGCGCGUGUGUGCUCUUCAUAUUGGAUGAGAUGAGGAGGAAGUCGGUGGCAGAUGGUGUGGCUACGACAGGAGAAGGGUUGGAGUGGGGUGUCUUGUUUGGUUUCGGACCAGGUCUUACGGUAGAGACUGUUGUUUUGCAUAGCGUUCCUGUUUGAACACAACGCUCCCUUUGAUAUAUGCCUACCUACCUUCAUAUGUUUUCGUGUCUUUUGUUUUUUUUUUCUUUUCAAAUUAAUAUAUGUGAUGCAAUAAUUAAGGAAGAAUUCAUUUUGUGUGAAAUGUGUGGACUUCCUGAAAUGGGUCCUUUCAAUUUUUUUUGUUUUUUGUAACAGUCUCUCUUCUUUAUUACAAUAUUAAAUUUAC